AGCUCCUCUUUCAUUCAAUUGAAAACUGGCAGAAAAACCUUCGCGGCAGCGUCGUCGCGCACCAUUUUAUUGUUUACCGGUGUAUUUUUUUCAGGUCUUUAGUUUAACGUAUUGAUUUGGUGAAGUAAUAUUUUAGUUUCUUUGCUUUUUCUAAUGGACCGUUUUACGUUAACAUUGUAAUUCGUAGCACGUGUAAUGAUCGUAAUUGGUCCACAGUUGACGAGUUUCCGUUAGAUUUCGAUAUUAUCGCAGCACACCUCCUGCUAUAGCCAUUUUUAUACAUAUUUAACUUAUUAGACUAAUUUAUCAGUUUAAUUUACAAUGGCGACCGCAACCCCAGCCAGCCAAAGAAGAAGCACAUGCUCCGGGAGCACGCCGCUGAGCCCCACCAGAAUUACCAGGCUUCAGGAGAAAAGAGAGCUGAGCGACCUGAACGACCGCCUGGCCGUCUAUAUAGACAAAGUUCGGAGCCUGGAGUCCGAGAACACAGUUUUGCACCUUCAAAUCUCAGAGAAGAGAGAUGAGACCAGCCGAGAAGUGUCCGGGCUGAAGGCGCUGUACGAGACGGAGCUCGCGGACACCAGGAUCUCCCUGGACGAGACGGCCAAGGAGCGCUCCUGGCUGCAGAUCGAGUUGGGGAAGCUGAAGGCGGAUCAUGACCAACUACUACUGAGCUACACCAAGAGGGACGGUGAGGCAACAGCCUCCCGGGCCCGAGUGAAGGAGCUGGAAGCUCUGCUCAACUCGAAAGAUGCAACGCUGGCCACAACACUGUCAGAGAAGAGAGGGCUGGAGGCCGGCCUAGCGGACGCACAAGGGCGGCUUCAAGAGCUCGAAGUGAGCUAUUCCCAGAGCAAGAGCCAACUGGCCGACGAGACCCUGAUGAGGGUGGACCUGGAGAACCGCUGCCAGAGCCUGGUGGAGGAGCUGGAGUUCCGCAAGAGCCUGUACGACGGGGAAUUGAAGGAAACCCGUCACAGGAAUGUGAGUAACCUGGUGGAGGUGGACUCCGGGAGGCAGGUGGACUACGAGUCCAAGCUGGCCGGGGCCCUGGCUGACAUCAGAGCCCAGCAGACUGAACAGGUGGACCUCUACAAGAGGGAGAUGGAGAACACCUACAUGGCCAAGCUGGAGGACGCGAUCCAGUCCUCCCAGAUGAGCAGCUCCUCGGCCACCAUGAGCCGUGAGGAGCUGAGGGAGUCGGCCAUGAGGGUGGACAGUCUCUCGGCCCAGCUCGCAGGUCUACAGAAAGAGGCGCGUGGCUGCCGCGAGCGCAUCGACGAGCUGGAGGCGGCGCUGGCCAAGGAGAAGGACACCAGCCGCCAGCUGCUGUCCCACAAGGACCAGGAGCUGUACGAGAUCCGCACGCGCAUGCAGCUCCACCUGGACGAGUACGCCCAGCUGCUGGACGUCAAGCUGGCCCUGGACAUGGAGAUCAGCGCCUACCGCAAGCUGCUGGAGGGCGAGGAGGAGAGGCUGCAGUUGUCUCCCAGCCCGACGUCCCGCGUCACCGUGUCCCGGGCCACGUCCAGCAGCCGCAGCGUGCGCACCACCAAGGGCAAGAGGAGGCGCGUGGAGGAGGAGGAGGAGCAGCAGGGAGACGGCGGCUCCUCGGUCUCCGUGGCCCACUCGGCCUCGGCCAGCGGGGCCGUGUGCGUGGAGGAGCUGGACGCCGACGGCCACUUCAUCCGCCUGGCCAACACGGGGGAGCAGGCCCAGGCCAUGGGGGGCUACGAGCUAACCCGGACGAUCGGAGAGACCUCAGCGACGUACAAGUUCACCGCUAAAGCCGUCCUGAAGGCGGACCAGAAAGUCACGCUGUGGGCGGCGGACGCGGGAGUGAGCGCCAACCCCCCGACAGACCUGCUGUGGAAGGGCCAGGGCUCGUGGGCCGGGGGGCAGGAUAUCUGUGUGGUGCUGACCAACGCUGAGGGAGAGGAGGUGGCCAGGCGAUCCACAACGUUCAACGCUCCCAUGGAGGAGCAGGAGGAAUACGAUGAGGACGUCGAGAUCAUUGAGGAGGACCUCUUCCACCAACAGGGGGAGCCCCAGAUCACCAAGCGAGGCUGCUCCAUCAUGUGAAGACACCACCAGCAGCAGAGGCUGAUGUUGGCCCCCGUUCUGCCACAAAAACAACUCGCCAGUUUUCUAUAUCCCCGUGUGAUACCUGUAUUUUUUAGUGACAAUGCCAAACCAGUUUAGGUCGUUUGCUUUUGUGUUCAUUGAAGUAAACAAACACGCACACACGUAGUCAGUUUUUUUUGUAGAGCACACCAAGUUUUAAUAAACAAGAUUUCCAGUAAAAA